AUGACACUGCCGAUACUAACGAUUACCACAGCAUCACCGUGCGAUGAAAGUGUCGAUCGAGACGAAAACGUUUCCCCUGAAUCAACGCUUUUAAAUAACGUCAACGACGUACCACCGGUACGAAGAGGAAGACGAAGUUCAUUUGUUGUUUGUGCCCAACAAGUUAAUGCUCACCAAGAAGUAGCUGAAUGGGUUGAUGAAGACGUGAUUUUAAAUUUAUUUGAUCUAAAUGUUUCACGAUUAAAUAUUAAUGAGUAUUGCGAAGAAACGUUUCUUCAUAGCAGCCUUGAUUUGACAAAGUCGAAUUUUAAUCCGUACUAUUAUUUAUUGGCAUAUAAAUCGCAUGCCACAGUUGAUGAAUUGAGAACAGAUUUGAUUGAUUUGAAACGCAGACCAUUGGGCACUCUAGUUAAACAAAAUAUUUUACCCUUCAUUGAAGCAAUUGACAUGCUUAGUGAAAUCAAGAAAGAAUCGGUGGAAAAGGGAAGAAUUGAAGACAUUUUAUCAUGCGCAGAUGCAUUACAUGGUACAGGGUUACAAUUGUAUGCGGAAUCAAUCAGAAUUCGUAAUGCGCUGAAAGUGAUUCCCCGUUAUGAUUUCUUGUUUUCAAUUGAUCGUAAUUUAAAACAAGCAAAAUAUAAACUUGUUAUUAAUGAUUUAGCGCAUGCGCCUCGAAUGGUAGAAACAUUGGUCAACUCAAAAUCAUUAAAGUCUCUGUUUUAUCAUGAAAUCGAUCGUCAACUUGACCAUUUACAGUCAUUAUUCAGUGAACGUUUAUUAGAUGAAACGGACGAAAACCAGAUAUUAUUUAUUAGAUACCUUCAAUCAGUUGGUCGUAAUGACGAGUCAGAAUGGUGCUGUCUUCAAUAUCAGCGAGAUAUGAUAGUCACCAGUUUAACGGCGUGUGCUACAGUUGCAGAAGCGUGCAAUGUGCUGAUUUCUCUGUUUCCACAUUAUUGGAGGUUGUCGGAACUCGUCAAAUCGCGGUCAGAAGAAAUAACAUACGAGAUCAUUCAAACUUUCAGGAAUGUAGUACUAAAUGCUGAUGGCGUUUUACCGCCAAUUCCGUUUCAAGCACUGCCUGUUGAAAUACAUGAGGAUUUGCGCCAGUUAACGUACGAUUUUCAACGCAGGUGGAGAGAAAUGAGAUUGGACGAAAUGUGUGAAGAAAUACGAAAAUUGUAUUCGCAUGAUCCAUGGGAAUUAGAGCGCGAUAAUGAAGAAAUGGAGUCGUAUAUCACAGGAAUACCCACAUUAUUUCAUGAAAUAUUGAAGGUGUGGCGAGAUUAUGGUUAUUUUCGUUUAUUAAAUGAAUUCGGUGAUGUUAUUUUAAAACUACUGAGGGAACAUUCAUGUACAACAUUGAAACGAGUAAUUUUAUUAAGUGAUCUCAGGUAUAUACGACGAUCCAUAUUUCCGCGCUUAAAAGUAAGUAUACAUUUGAAUGUUGUAAAUCUUUAGAGAGAUCAGCUGGUUGUCGAAACUCAUCAAAUCGUGGUCAGAACAAAUAACAUACGAGAUCAUUCAAACUUUCAGAAAUGUAGUACUGAGAUCAGCUGGCUUUUUUUAAUUAUUCUGUUGGCAUUUAGUUUAAUGACAAUUAUCCGAGUAUUAGGUUUCAAGAGUACCUCAUUUUUCCGAACUUUUCCCUUACAUUUUCACCGCUAGCGUAAGUAUUUUAUUUUGUUUCAGAAGCAGAUCAGUCGCUGUAAUGGGUUCACAUCUCGCACAAAUGAAAAAUAUUUACUUGUUAAAACAGCAUAACUGCCUUUUCGCGUGUAUCAAUAUUCUAUCCACUAUCGGUGACUGGUUUCCGAAUAACUCUUAAACCCAAUACG